AUGUCGAAACCUUGACUUGCUCAAUGUUUUAUCAGAUUUAGGGUUUUCAACAACUGGAAGAAUUGAGAAAAACAUAAAAGAGGCUCCAAGAGCUGAAAUAAACAAGAAAAACCCAGUUCAGUUCUUUUUAAAAGGAAGCUUAUUAUUUUGUGCUUUAUAUGAGAAACAACCAUAUUACUUCUUCUCAAAUAUAGAAGGAACUCAAAAAGAUAA